ACCUACUGAAUAAGACUCUGGACUCACACUGAUGCUUCUCGGUGUUGCCUUGUGUGCUCUCACUGUGCCGGAGUGACUUUUAUUCCCGGAUCGCCUGGUGACAGAACAUCACAGUUGUACCAGUUUGGGAGCAAAAUAUGGAAUGUAUUUCACUGCUGACCGAAGGCAGCCAAAUGAACAGUAUUUAUAGUAGUUUGAACAUCAGCAGUUAGCAGUUUCUUCACAUUCUAACACUACCCAGCACUUUCCAGAGAGAACUCAUUGUUUACAAGAAAUCUGCUUUCCAAAUCCGUUGCGGUGCCCUCCAGCCCUGCCUGUUAACUCUUUUGCAAAGGGGAAACGCUGAUCUACGGUGUGGGGAAAGAUGGCAAUGGAUGAGUACCUGUGGAUGGUCGUUGUGGGGUUUAUCAUUGCUUUUAUUUUAGCCUUUUCUGUGGGUGCAAAUGAUGUUGCCAAUUCUUUCGGAACGGCCGUGGGCUCUGGCGUCGUUACUUUGCGCCAGGCUUGCAUUCUGGCUUCGGUUUUUGAAACCACUGGUUCAGUGUUGCUGGGAGCAAAAGUAGGAGAGACCAUUAGGAAAGGUAUCAUCGACGUGAACCUCUACAACAACACCGUCCCGCUGCUGAUGGCAGGAGAAGUGAGUGCCAUGGUUGGUUCUGCUGUUUGGCAGCUGAUUGCAUCGUUCUUGAAACUCCCCAUAUCAGGGACCCAUUGCAUCGUAGGUGCUACGAUUGGAUUCUCUCUGGUGGCAAUUGGCACACAGGGAGUCCAGUGGAUGCAGCUGGUCAAGAUUGUUGCCUCUUGGUUUAUUUCCCCACUGUUAUCUGGCUUCAUGUCUGGAGUCCUCUUUGUGCUGAUUAGAUUCUUCAUUUUAAACAAGGAAGACCCUGUGCCCAACGGCCUCCGCGCACUGCCCGUGUUCUAUGCUGCUACCAUCGCUAUUAACGUCUUUUCCAUCAUGUACACCGGGGCACCAGUGCUGGGACUGGUACUGCCCAUGUGGGCCAUUGCUCUAAUCUCAGUUGGUGUAUCCUUAAUAUUUGCCAUCUUAGUCUGGAUUUUUGUGUGCCCAUGGAUGAAGAGGAAAAUUGAAAGCCGAUUAAAGAAAGAUGCUGCACUCUCAAGGAUAUCAGAUGAGAGUCUUGAUAAAAUUCAAGAUGAAGAAACACCAGUCUUUAAAGAGCUUCCUGGUGCCAAAGCCUCUGACGAGAGCACAAUUCCCCUGACUGGCUCAGGAACAGAAGCUGCUGGGGCAUCAGAUCCUGUUGCAAAUGGAAACCAUCCUCGUGUACCGUAUGGCAGGGCGUUUUCGAUGACGCACACCUCGGUGAAGUCACCUGUCUCCAACGGCACCUUCAGCUUCGACGGCCAGAUCCGGAGCGACGGCCACGUUUAUCACACUGUGCACAAGGACUCAGGUUUGUACAAAGACUUGCUCCACAAAAUACACCUGGAGAGGGCCACCGAAGAGAGGCCCGCUCAGGAGAACAACUACAAACUGCUGCGGCGAAACAACAGCUACACCUGUUACACGGCUGCUAUCUGCGGCAUGCCCGUGCAUUCCUCCUUUAAGGCAGCAGACCCAUCAACUCCAGAGGACAGUGAGAAGUUGGUGGGAGACACUGUUUCUUACUCCAAGAAGAGGGUUCGCUAUGACAGCUACUCCAGCUACUGCAACGCGGUGGCCGAGGCAGAGAUCGAGGCGGAGGAAGGGGGGGUGGAAAUGAAGCUGGCCUCUGAACUCGCCGACCCGAACAGACCCCCACCUGAUCCUGUGGGGGAGGAUAAGGAAGAGAAAGACACGUCGCAGGUCCACCUCCUGUUCCACUUCCUCCAGAUCUUAACAGCCUGCUUUGGAUCCUUUGCCCAUGGGGGUAAUGAUGUCAGCAAUGCAAUCGGUCCCCUUGUUGCGCUCUGGCUUAUCUAUGAGCAAGGUGGUGUCAUGCAAGAAGCAUCGACUCCUGUCUGGCUUCUGUUUUACGGAGGUGUUGGCAUCUGUGUGGGCCUCUGGGUCUGGGGUAGAAGAGUCAUCCAGACCAUGGGUAAAGACCUCACUCCAAUCACACCAUCAAGUGGAUUCACUAUUGAGUUGGCUUCGGCGUUCACAGUUGUGGUAGCUUCCAAUGUUGGACUUCCUGUCAGUACUACACACUGCAAGGUGGGCUCGGUGGUGGCCGUUGGCUGGAUCCGCUCCAAGAAGGCUGUCGACUGGCGGCUUUUCCGCAACAUCUUCCUGGCGUGGUUUGUGACUGUGCCGGUGGCUGGGCUGUUCAGCGCCGGCGUCAUGGCCCUCCUCAUGUACGGGAUCCUGCCUUACGUCUGAAGAGCCUCCUCCUCCUCCACUGGCAAAAGGGCAAACGGCCAAGCUGCCACCCAGGCAGGCGGGGAGAAGCGCUCCUGAGAAACAAGCGGGCGGAGAGGCUCCAUCUUCCAUAUCUAACUCCUUAUCUACUGUACAUAACAAUGUGUCAUAUUGGUGACAUGGUGAUGUGGUGCCAUUUCUUAUCUAUUAAAGAAAUAUAUAUAUGCAUAUAAGUAGGUAACGAUACCUAAGUUAUAUUAUCAGUGGGGUGAGAAUAAUGGCCUAGGAUUUACUCUUCAGUAAGAUCUGUACAUAGUGUAUCAUUUUUGGUGGUGAUUUUUUAAAACCUUUUUGAGAAGAGUAUGGAUUAGGGGGGGAAAAAAAACCCAACCCCACAACGUUUCUUGUCUGUUUGCUAGGAGAAGAAGUGAGGUACAGGACUGUAACACGUGGGUUGGUUGGGCGGUUGGUCUUUUUUGUUGUUGUUUUCUUUCUUUUGGUUGUUUUGUUUUUGGUUUUUUUUUUAAGGCUAUUAAGAUACUGGAACAAAAUAAAUGUGCAGAAGUGCUUUUCAUAAAAUAACUUUGUUCAGAUCAUCUUGAACCUUCGUGUGUGUCACAGCUGUGUAAGUACUGACAAACGGUAACUUCCGAGCGGUGCAUUUCCCUUCUCUGUUUUGGAUAAGGAAGUACCAAAGAAGCAGGGGAAAGAGCUUGCCCAUAAGUUAUGUUGUUGUCUACAGGUGUGGCCGCGUGUUGUGUUUCUCCCACCUCUACUUCACUGGUCUUUUCACCAAGCUCCCACCCCCAAGGCUGGGGUAGUUCAUGUCUUAAUGUAACUCCAACCCAAACCACAAAGCGCACACUAAGUUAGUUCCUGUUGCUCACCAGGGAACGCCACAGCUCUCCACAGUAGCCCUUACUACACUGACUUCAUUUUGUGGCUUGAAGUAUCUCACCGCUCACCUUCUAGCUUUCCCCUUCCAGCCUUGGCUCCAGGGUGCCUCGCUGUCAAUUCCAGUGGGAGCGUGGACCAUCAGCCUCCUCUUUUUCUGUCCGUCCAGCCACAGCCACACAGUCUCAGGUACAGGAGCGGGACCGCGGGGUGCACGGCACCACCGCCAUACAGAAACCAAGGGCAGCAGCAGGUGGGAAACGGGUUCAGCCCUGGUGGUGUGGCUGAAGGUGUGGGUGCCCGUGGGAGCGCUGAUCCACGAGGAGGCUGGUGAAAGGAGCACAGUGAGGAUGUGAGCAGAUGCUGAGUUCCCCCACUCCGUGAGCCCCAUCCCAUGCCACAGCCCACCAGCCCAUGCUACCAACCUGGCCCUGCAUAGUAAACAGCGUUUGGGAUGGGAUGUUUUCAUGGCAGCUCAGGGGGGAAGCGGUCAGCUACAUCCCCUGCACAGCUUUGGAAAGCACAUUUGGGUGAAGAUUACUGCCUCAUGGGUGGGGAGGCAAAGGGCAAGGGGUGCCUAGAGGAGGUUGGGAAGCUCCUACUGUUUAAAUGCUGCUAAAAUGUUGAUAAACCAUUCUUGGUACUCCAUUGUGACUUUUCCAUUGGUCAUUCAUACUAAAUUUAUAAUAAAAAGAUAAACAGCCCCCACCA